AUGGCCGACACACCGGACUCGGAGCAAUCUCGCCGCGAGGCAAAGAUUGUAGACCGACAUUUGCCAGAUGGCUUCACAGCAGACCCAGAAGGCGUCGUAUAUGACGCUCAAGCCGAAGCUGCUUUCAACGAGACGGCCUCGUCAUCGCCGCCUCAGUCCUCAUUAAUGCUGCAAGGUGGCGAUAUGCACCGAGAUAUUUUCAAGAUCAAAGCUCGGGCAAAAGCUCCGAGGCGAUCUGCAACAUUCUCCAACCUCACCAGUCCGGCAUUGGUGACCGAAGAGCCGGCCAUUGAGAAUCAACUGGAGCCCGGUGGAUUCCGACGACAGUAUGUGCAGAGACAUACUAUCAAGCGUCGGCAGAGCACCUUUGCCACGCCCGUCACGAGGAACUUUGUCUCUUUCUUGGAGCUUUAUGGUAGUUUUGCUGGCGAGGAUUUGGAAGAUACAGACUCAGAUGACGAUGAGUCUGCUGUCGAAGACGAGCAUGAGGAGCAUGAUCAACCCAAUGAAAGGCGUCCACUGCUCGGAAACCGACGGAAGAGCUCGAAGCGGCAGAAGCGUGAAGGCGAUGCUGGUACCACGAAGACUUUCUUUACUCUGCUCAAGGCAUUUGUCGGGACUGGAAUCAUGUUCUUGCCAAAGGCGUUCCGGAAUGGUGGUGUUCUGUUCUCAUCCAUCACUUUGAUCACAGUCUCCAUCGUCACGGUCUUGUGCUUUCGGCUGUUGCUGGCAUGCAGAGCCAAGUACGGUGGAGGUGGUUAUGGAGAGCUUGGAGAUGCCAUCUUCGGCAAGAAAGUGAGAGGAUUGAUUCUGGCCUCGAUCACUCUUUCGCAACUGGGAUUCGUCUGCGCUGGACUGAUUUUCACCGCCGAAAACUUGCUCUCGUUCCUCAACGCAGUCAUUCCGAAGGGACAAGACCAGCCAUUUGGAGUGGAGGCACUCAUCGCCGUGCAAUUUGUUCUCCUGAUCCCUCUCGCACUCAUCCGCAACAUUGGAAAGCUGGGACCCGCCGCCCUGCUAGCCGACGUCUUCAUCCUCAUUGGCCUCAUCUACAUCUGGUACUACGACAUCUCCAGCCUUGCCUCUUAUGGAAAAGCUCCUAGCGUCGUCCUCUUCAACCCCGACGCCUUCACGCUAACCAUCGGCUCCGCGAUCUUCACCUUUGAAGGCAUCGGCCUCAUCCUUCCCAUCCAAUCCUCCAUGAAACAACCGGAAAAAUUCAGCUACCUCCUCUAUCUCGUCAUGUUCAUCAUCACCAUCAUCUUCACCUCCGUCGGCGCUCUCUGCUACGCCACCUUUGGAGACGAGACGAAAAUUCAGGUUAUCUCGAAUUUCCCGCAGGACAGCAAAUUGGUCAACGCCGUGCAGUUUUUGUACUCCAUGGCUGUCUUGGUCGGCGAACCCGUGCAGCUCUUCCCGGCUGUUAGGAUCAUCGAGCAGGCUAUUUUCGGCGAUCGGGCUUCCGGUAAGAAGAGCAAGUCGAUCAAGUGGAAGAAGAAUGGGUUGAGGAGUGCCAUGAUGCUGCUUUGUGGUGUGAUUGCGAUCCUGGGGGCUUCAGAUUUGGAUAAGUUUGUGUCGUUGAUUGGUGCUUUUGCUUGCGUGCCCCUUGUCUACAUCUACCCUGCUACCCUCCAUUUGAAAGGUGUAGCAGAGUCGAGGCUGGACAAGAUUUACGACUGCUUGCUAAUCGCGCUCGGUGUUGGAACGAUGGCAUACACGACAACGCUGACGUUGAAGCAGUGGGCGGAUGGAUCGCUGUGAGGGGUAUAUAGCAUAUCUGGCGGGCAUAGCUUGGACUGUUGUUUCGUAAUGUAGUAUAUGCACGGGCACAAUGGGCGUUCCUUAAUGUUUGAUCGCAUUGGAUCAUAGCAGCGGCGGUCAUCUGACUGAGCAUUUUGUCAGAGAUAUUGAAUACUUCA